GUGUAUACCAAGAAGUUUGUGCGGCGAAAUUAACAAACCAAAUUUCGCAAACGAAGUGGAUUCAAUCUAAAGAAUAACUAUGGAGCCUGCCAAUAGGCUGUAGGAGGUAAUCCGGCUCCGUGGGCGCGGUAGAACAACUGGAGAUAUUCCGACUAUUUGGGCUAGGAAGGUACUGGCCACCGGUCACCUAUGGGAAAGAACGCAAUCGACGCGAGCUCCAGUCCCAGUGCAGAAUCCUCUUCAGAUACUGAAUCAUCCAGCUCCCAGGAACGAGAUUCGAAAAGAAAGCAACGGAAUCCAAAGUCCAAAAAAAAUGUCAAGAAAUCUGGAUCCGAGGCAAGCUCCAAAUGCAGCAGCUCAGAGGAAAGCACCAAAAGCAACAUCUCUGACUCUCCGGCUGUAGAUUGUCAAUCCGAGGAGGAUUCGGAACUGAAUAAGAAGCCUGUGGUGGGAAAAAUUCGCAUUGUACCGUUAGAAAAGUUGCUGGCCACUCCUGUAAAAAAAAUUAGAACUAAAAUUACACCCAGGAGAAACGUGGAAACUGUUAGCAGCGAAAGUAUCCAACCAGAAGCAUCAUCUCGCCAAAGCAGCAAUAAGGGCUCUAUUAUUGAGCUAAGCGACAGCGCUGAAGACUCCGUGGACGAGGACGAGGAGCUGCUUAUCCCGUUGGUACUAAAAACAGAAACAACCGAAAAGAGUUCAGACCGUAAGCCAGCUCCCAAAAAGAGGUCAGAGCCUAAGCCAGCUCCCAAAAAGAGUUCAGAGCCUAAGCCAGCUUCCAAAAAGAGUUCAGAGCCUCAGCCAGCUCCCAAAAAGAGUUCAGAGCCUAAGCCAGCUACCAAAAAGAGUUCAGAGCCUAAGCCAGCUACCAAAAAGACUACCUUAUCUGUUAAACGCUGUCUAGUUCGCCUGAAACGCGUCUCACUACCUAAUAGCGGCCAAAAAAAACCCAAGAUGAGCUCCGACUCCGAGCCGGAAGCAGCCACUACUUCUAAGAAGAGCAGACCAAGUCGGCGAUCUAAGAGCGAGAGCGAGGAGGACUCGGACUACCAGGCCCCUGUCAGUGAGGGCGAAGAUGAGGAUGAGAAGAAGUCCGAAGAGGAGGAGGAAAGCAAGGAGGAUGAGGAGGAGGCGGCUAACGACAGCAGCGACAGUGAGGUGAUGCCGCAGAGAAAACGCCGAAAACAGAAGAGCGACUCCGACAAAGGUUCCUCCGACUUUGAGCCGGAGCAGAAGCAGCAGAAAAAGAAGCGCAAGCGGAUCAAGAAAAAUUCUAGCGACGAGAGCGAUGGUGACGACGAAAAAGCGAAAAACAAGCGCAAGCAUAUUAGGAAGAUAAUCAAGACCAAGGAUUUGGAUGUGAGCACGAAGGAAGCUGGCAAGGAGGAGGAGGAUCGUAGGAAGCGCAUCGAGGAGCGUCAGAAACUGUACAAUCGCAUAUUCGAGAAGUCUGAGAAUGUGGAGAUCACCGAACUGGUUCUCGACUUCGAUGAGGAAUCCAAGAAGGCCCUUCUGCAGGUGGACAAAGGCCUCCUAAAGAAGUUGAAGCCCCAUCAAGUGGCGGGUGUAAAGUUCAUGUGGGAUGCGUGCUUUGAAACGUUGAAGGACAGUCAGGAGAAGGCUGGUUCAGGCUGCAUCUUGGCCCACUGCAUGGGCCUGGGUAAGACCCUACAGGUGGUUACCCUGUCACACACCUUGCUGAUCAAUACGCGUCGCACCAGUGUGGACAGAGUGCUGGUUAUUUCGCCGUUGAGCACAGUGAACAACUGGGCGCGGGAGUUCGUCCACUGGAUGAAGUUCGCCAACCGAAGAGACAUCGAGGUGUACGACAUAUCCCGCUACAAAGAUAAACCGACGCGCAUCUUUAAGCUAAACGAAUGGUUCACCGAUGGCGGCGUCUGCAUCCUCGGCUACGACAUGUACCGCAUCUUGGCCAACGAAAAAGCGAAGGGGCUUCGGAAGAAGCAGCGCGAGCAGCUGCAGCAGGCUCUCGUUGACCCCGGCCCGGAUCUGGUCGUCUGCGACGAGGGGCAUCUGCUCAAGAACGAGAAGACGUCGAUCAGCAAGGCCGUCACCAGGAUGCGCACCAAACGGCGCAUUGUCCUUACCGGCACUCCGCUCCAAAAUAAUCUCAGAGAAUACUAUUGUAUGAUACAAUUUGUAAAGCCCAAUCUUUUGGGCACGUAUAAGGAGUACAUGAACCGCUUCGUAAACCCCAUUAGCAAUGGCCAGUACACGGAUUCCACGGAACGAGAUCUGCGACUCAUGAAGCACCGAUCCCACAUUCUACACAAGCUGCUCGAGGGGUGCAUCCAGCGCAGGGACUACUCUGUUCUGGCCCCGUAUCUGCCGCCCAAGCACGAGUAUGUGGUCUACACGACAUUGUCGGAAUUGCAACAGAAGCUGUACGGUUACUACAUGACCACACACCGGGAUCAGGCCAGCUCUGACAUCUGUGGAAAGGGGGCGCGUUUGUUCCAGGACUUCCAGGACCUGCGCCGCAUUUGGACGCAUCCUAUGAAUCUAAGGGUGAACAGCGACACCGUGAUCGCCAAGCGGCUGCUGAGCAACGACGACUCUGACAUGGAUGGCUUUAUCUGCGACGAGACCGAUGAGGAUGAAGCCGCUUCCAAUUCGUCGGACAGUUGUGACUCCUUUAAAUCUGAUGCCAGCAUGUCGGGCUUGGCGGCCAGUGCACAAAAGUCGAAAAAACGCAAGACUCGCAAUGAUAAGGCGAAUAGUAACGAUAGCGAUUCCGAUGUGGAAAUGUUGGGCGACUCAGUAGCGGGAGCUGGCCAAAAGGAGAAGGACGAUCCCUCCGAGUGGUGGAAGCCAUUCGUCGAGGAGCGAGAGCUGAACAAUGUGCACCAUUCCCCCAAACUUGUUAUAUUGCUGAGACUCUUGCAGCAGUGUGAGGCUAUUGGCGACAAGCUGUUGGUGUUCUCCCAGUCCCUGCAGUCGCUGGACGUCAUCGAGCACUUCCUCUCGCUGGUGGACAGUAACACCAAAAACUAUGAGUUUGAAGGAGACGUUGGUGACUUCAAGGGCUGCUGGACCAUCGGCAAGGACUAUUUUCGGCUGGACGGAAGCUGCAGCGUGGAGCAGCGCGAGGCCAUGUGCAAGCAGUUCAACAACUUAACCAAUUUGCGGGCGCGCCUCUUCCUCAUCUCCACACGUGCGGGGGGCUUGGGCAUCAACUUGACGGCGGCCAAUCGCGUGGUGAUCUUCGACGUCUCAUGGAACCCCUCGCACGACACACAGAGCAUAUUCCGGGUUUAUCGGUUUGGACAGAUAAAGCCUUGUUAUAUCUACCGAUUGAUAGCCAUGGGCACCAUGGAGCAGAAGGUGUAUGAGCGACAGGUGGCCAAGCAGGCCACGGCCAAGCGCGUGAUCGACGAGCAGCAAAUUUCGCGGCACUACAACCAAACGGAUCUGAUGGAGCUAUACACGUACGAACUGAAACCGAGCAAGGAGAGGGAAAUGCCCCUCCUGCCCAAGGAUCGGCUAUUCGCCGAACUUCUGAGCGAACAUGAUAAGCUUAUAUUCAAGUAUCACGAACAUGACUCCCUGCUGGAGCAGGAGGAACACGAAAAUCUGACUGAGGAGGAACGCAAAUCGGCAUGGGCCGAAUACGAGGCAGAGAAGACAAGAACAGUUCAAGCCUCUCAGUAUAUGAGCUAUGAUCGCAACGCCUUCGGCAACCAGGUGAUGGGCCAGUUUGGAAACGCUUCGGGAAGCGUGACCUCCAGCAAGAUCUUCGGCUUCCGGACGGACAUCCUGUUGCAGCUGCUGAACAUGAAGAUAGCCAAAGACCACAAAGAGCUAACCCAGAAUCAGGUCAUCCAGCUAGUGCCCAGCUACCUGCAGCAGCUCUACAACGAAAUGAACAACAGUGAUCCAACCAUGUACAAGGACUUGCUCAAUCUGCACGCCAACAUCGUGCAUCCCAGUGGGAUGUACAUGAAUCCUCUACUCUACGCCAACCAGAAUCCCUCGGCAGCGGGCUAUAAUCAGGGUACUGGAGGACCGGGCAUGGGAAUGGGUAUGGGAACAGAGGCUGGAGCGGGACCAGCUACUGGAUCAGCUGCUCCGGCUCCAGGCUUCGAGCCGGACAAGGUAUACGAGAUCGAUUAGAGCCAGAUAGGAGAGCCAACGGAAAUGGUUACUCUUAAUUGAAUAGUAGGUAAUUCGUCGACAUCGUCGAUAUUUCCCUUGGACUAAAGUUACAAAUAUGGUUUUUUCCUACCUACACAUUUACCAAUUACCCCUACCCAAGUAAGAUUAUAGUUUUUCUCCACUUAUUAAAUAAUUAUAAAAGUAUAUAAUAAAUUUGCGAGGCGAUGCUUAAGUUCAUAACUGUCCUAAUCCAUUGUGUGUAGUCGUAAACUAGAUACCAGAAACAAUUUAAUAAAAUAUAACUCAUGAUUCAAAUUCUCACACAGGUCUAUUCCAGUCUUUUCAAAAUAUAUUCAAGCCUACAAACUAGCCGCCACGCACUCCAAUGGAAAGAGUGAGCAGCUAUCACACAUGAUGUGACUUCGAGUCGAGCCAGAAACAAUGCCACGAGAGUAACAAACUUAGUUCUUGUCCAUAACAGACAGAUUCUAAAUCAUCUAUUAGAAUGGUGUUAGACCCAAGUGGCCUGGUGCAAGCCCCUAACUAAACUGGAAUAGGCCUGAUAGCUAUAAACCACAUAGAUACAUCUAUAUAAAUAAUAAUAAUAAAUGCGCUUUCGACUAGGGAGCGCAAGAAAUUAUUUUACACGCGACAAACAAUAAAUGGCACAGAUAUUAUGAAUAAAACCCCAAUUCUCUUCAUCCA